GGCUAUUUCAGACUUACAAAACAUUGUAACAUGGACUAUUGAAAAGAGAAGGAAUAAUAAUUGAAUUUAAACUUAUGAGCAAGUCGGUGGGACAGUUUGAUGUAAUGCGAUUUUCUCCUAACCAAGAACAACACUUUACUCAGCUGAUGGCUGUGUUAAUAAAAGCGAUAACAUUACUUUUUGCUUGAACGCUUUUACGUUUACAUUAAAAAAACAAAACAAGAUAAUUCUUGGUAAAACUUAUAUAUCUCUUGUACCAAAUGUAAAAAACGUGUAUAAAUACAAAGAAAUUCCCAAGAAACUUUCAAGAUAAUUCUAAGAAAAAUUUUUAGUAGUCAUUGAUAAUAUAAAACUAAACAUUUCUUGUUGCAAAUUCCAGCCAAAAAAAACAUCCUUACAAAAUCUUGUUUGGGAGAUAUCACUUGUAGCUACACCGUACAGAAUAUCGCGAGAAAUGUUUCUAAGAUCUGAAGAUGGAAAACUAAUGACAGCUCUUCAAGUCUUCAGUGAAGCAAUACGUUUUUUUAAAGAACACUGUUUAAACGCUAUCAACAAUAGAAGUCCUAAUAACAUGAUGGAGGUAGAUCGAGUGAAAUGGGUACUUACUGUUCCAGCCAUAUGGUCUCAUGCGGCGAAACAAUUUAUGAGGGAAGCAGGAGAAAAGGCUGGCAUCCCCAAAGCAAAUUUAUCAAUUGCUUUGGAACCAGAAUGUGCGUCCAUCUAUUGUCAACACAAAGACGUUGCUGAAUUUCAGAUAGCACUAAAAAAUAAACCUGGAACAAAAUACCUUGUGCUUGAUAAUGGAGGAGGAACUGUGGACGCAAGUUUUCAUCAAAUAUUGGAGAAUGGUCAGCUAAGAUCAUUGCAUAUGCCAUCCGGUGGUGCUUGGGGUGGCUCCAAUGUUAACGAAGAGUUUGAGAAAUACUUGGAAAAGGUUUUUACGCCAAAAGUAAUUCAAAAGUUAAAAAACCUACAUCCUGAUCAUUGGUUGAAAAUGAGAAGAGAAUUUGAAGAAAUCAAAAUAAGUUUAGAUGAAUGCAUUCAAGAAUUCUACAGUAUGUACCUCACGAAUGCUGUCAUAAAAAUAUACAAGGAAGAAACACACCAAGAUAUUGGCCAAGGUUGUUCUGAUCUUAAUAAUAGUAAAGGGGCGUUUAUACAGGGCGGAGAGACUUUGAAAAUUCCAAGAAAGGUCGUUACUGAUUUGAUCAAAGAAAUGUCUUCAAAAAUCAAACGCCACACGGAGAAGUUGCUAGAGAAAGCAGAACUUCGCGACUUAGACUUCGUGAACAUGGUCGGUGGUUUUUCAAAUUCAAGCAUAGUGCGCGAGGAUGUGCAAUCGUUGAUUUCUGAUAUUCAUUGGCCUGAAAAUUCAGAAUUAGCAGUGCUCAAAGGCGCUGUCAUGACUGGAUGGAAUAUCAAUUUAAUAAGCAGUCGAAGAAGCUUAAAGACGUACGGAAUAGAAAUCAACGAAGAUUUUAUUGAAGGAAGUCAUCCAGAAAGGUUGAAAUAUGUAAACGAAGAUGGUAAAAUUAAGUGUAAUAACGUUUUUCACACAGUUGUGACAAUAAACGAAGAAGUAGAAGUUGGGCAAGUUGGAAUGAUCUCAAAAACAUAUUGCCCUUCUUUCAGCACGCAAAGCGAGGUAUCAUUUCCGAUUUACGCCAGUUCAAACAGAACUGUUCGCUACUGUGAUGAAGGAGGUUGCAAAAAAGUUGGAGAGAUAAUUGUCCAGACACCAAACGUAGAAAAGGGCUUAAAUCGAGUACUAAAGGUUGAUAUCGUAUUUGGAAAUACCGAAUUCUUUGUUGAUGUUCUUGAUAUUAGUAGCGGCAACAGACGACACGCUACUUUUGACUUUUUGAGCACGCAAUAAACACGAAAAGAUGUAAAGCAAAUGAGCACUGUAAUGACGUUGCAAUGAAAAUUACAUUUAAAUUGAAUAUUAAUUAAUUAUAUGUAAAGCAAAACAAUAUUAAUAAAAUGGCAGGAUAAAAUACAUUUUAAAUGAAAUAAAA